UUUCUACAGUCCCGUCAGUUCUCUCUCAUUCAUUUGACAGCAAAAUCGCUAAAAGGCAAUAAUUCUCAAUCUUUAUCCCAAAAUACCCUCCUCUGCUCUCCGAGAAUUUUCCGAUCUCAACAAUGAACCACUAUCACAUCUACGAAGUCAUCGGUCGUGGCAAAUACUCGACCGUGUAUAAAGGAAGGAAGAAGAAGACGAUUGAGUAUUUCGCAAUCAAAAGCGUCGAUAAAUCACAGCGGCACAAAGUUCUUCAAGAAGUUAGGAUACUUCAUUCAUUAAAUGAUCCGUAUAUUCUAAAGUUUUACUCAUGGUAUGAAACUUCUGCACAUUUGUGGUUGGUUUUGGAAUACUGUACGGGCGGAGACCUCAUGACCUUAUUACGGCAGGAUGGUAAACUGCCGGAAGAUUCAAUUUAUUUUUUGGCCUAUGAUCUUGUCCGAGCUUUGCAAUAUUUACAUUCAAAAGGAAUCAUUUACUGUGAUUUAAAACCAUCAAACAUCCUUUUGGACGAGAAUGGCCAUACAAAGUUAUGUGACUUUGCACUUGCUAGAAAGUUGAGUGAUAUAUCUAAAACACCUUCUUCCAUGCUGCCACAAGCAAAGCGAGGAACACCUUGUUAUAUGGCCCCUGAAUUGUUUGAGGAUGGAGAUGUCCAUUCUUUUGCAUCUGAUUUUUGGGCCCUAGGUUGUGUGCUAUACGAGUGUUAUACCGGGAGGCCUCCUUUUGUAGGAAGGCAAUUCACUCAACUUGUAAAAUCCAUUCUCUCAGAUCCAACUCCUCCACUUUCAGGAAGUCCAAGCUCUUCUUUUGUCAAUAUUGUUAAUUCUUUGCUGAUUAAAAAUCCAGCUGAAAGAAUAAAAUGGUCUGAGCUUUGUUUACAUGCCUUUUGGAGGACAAAAUUUUCUCUGGUAGCUUUACCUCCUCAGCCUGCUUUUGAAAACAUGAUUGAGUUAUAUGCUAAACCAUGUCUCUCAGAGCGUAACGGUGACAGAUCUUCUCAAAGCAAGACUCCUAAAUAUAGGGAAAAAGAUUCAAAAGGGGCUUCAAGAAAAGAUGAGAAUUCUCUCAUGGCUUUAAGAGGCCAGGAGACAGCAGUCAAAGGUACACCAAUUGGCUGUAAAACUCAAACAAAACCUUCUGGAAGAGCAGUGGAGGAGAAGCAUAAAGAUCAGUCCAGUGCCAUUAAGCGUGUGAACCUCUUGAGGUUAUCUAGAAUAGCCAAAACAAACUUACAGAAGGACAAUGAGAAGGAAAACUACCGUAGGCCUAUUCCAAAUAGCUCUGAGAAUGAGUCUGAAGUUAAAAUCGAGAAUACUGAUAUGGAACUUGAUUUUGAUGAGAACACUGAAGAGGACGUGCCUGAUGAACCUGAUGGAUCAGAUGUUCCUACUUGCACAACUGAAGGAAAAAUUUCAUGUCAGAAUCAGCAACUGCUCAAAGCGGAAGAAAGGGAUAAUAACAUGGACCAAUCAGAUAGCCAAGCCAUCAGUAAUUUGUUGGCCUCUGAUGAAUCAAAAGCACAUGAUCAAGAAUCAUCUUCCAAUCAUGUUGAAGUUGCUUCUACCCCACCCAGUGUCAGUUCCCAAAACAGAAACCAGAGAAUUAAGGAGAGUCCAGUAUCUGCUCCUGAUUCUGAUUGUUCAAAAUCAUCCAACAAUAUCUCCCAAGUUCUCUGGCAUCCUUCAGAUCUUUCUGUAAGACCCGUAAUUCCAAGCAGAAAAGCUGAUAAGUUGUCAGAGGUAAUUCCUUCACUACCAUUUGAGGCACCGCAACCUUCUGACUUUGUAAAGAUGUCAAAGGAACAAUUGGAUGCACUCAAUAAUAGGAUCAUAGCAAUAUUUGGUGGAAAUGCUGGUAUCAGCGAGAAGCAAAAUGUGAUUAGAUAUCUUGAGAUGCUUAGCAACAAUGCAGAUGCAGCCAAUAUCUUGACUAACCGUCCAAUAAUGCUCAUGCUUGUCAAAAUGCUUAGGCAGUCCAAGACUUCAGCUCUGCGUGUUCAACUUGCUUCGCUUAUUGGCUUAUUGAUUCGCCAUUCUACUUUUAUUGAAGAUGAGUUUGCAAAUUCUGGAAUUUUAGGUGCACUUACCGAUGGUCUUAGAGACAGGCAGGAAAAAGUGAGAAGGUUUUCGAUGGCUGCAUUAGGUGAAUUACUUUUCUAUAUUUCCACUCAGAAUGAGCAUGCAAGAGAUAAUAACCCACCUGAAUUUCCAUCAAAAGACAACAAGCCUGUAUCUGGCUGGCAGGUUCCAAAUUCAUUGAUUUCAUUAGUGUCAUCCGUUUUACGUAAAGGAGAGGAUGAUAUGACUCAAUUGUAUGCACUAAGGACAAUUGAAAACAUUUGCAGUCAAGGAGGACAUUGGGCAGCUCGUUUUACCAGCCAGGAUGUGAUUAGUAACCUUUGUUACAUUUAUCGUGCUGCAGGGAAGCAGGAGAGCAUGAGGCUAACUGCAGGUUCUUGUUUGGUUCGCCUUGUUCGUUUCAAUCCCCAAAGCAUUCAAUCUGUUAUAGAUAGAUUUUCACUCAAGGAUAUUGCAUCUACUCUCAGCAAAGGAAGUCUCCGAGAGCAGCAAAUCAGCUUAAAUCUUCUAAAUUUGGCUUUUCUUGGAAGCCAUCUGUUCUCAAAUAUAGGACGGUACCUUCUACCUUUGGUGGAGGACAGGAAUCUGGUGCCUAGUCUUCUGUCUCUUAUUGAGCAAGGAAGUGAAGUUUUACGGGGCAAAGCACUUGUUUUUGUCGCUCUUCUUUGUAAGAAUGGUAAGAGGUGGUUACCACAAUUCUUUUGCAAUGCAAGGUUACUCCCCACAGUAGACAGAUUGGCAAAAGAGAAGGAUAACUAUCUAAAGCAGUGUCUGGAUUCAUUUCUUCAUGUUGUGGCAACAACCAUCCCGAGUUUACUGGAUUGUAUAACUGGAGAUAUUCAGCAAAUGAUGGCUGGAAGGCGACAGAUUUCUGCCCUUACCAGUCGUUCUGCUCCAAAGAACAAUAUUAAUUUGUUUCCUGUUGUUCUUCAUCUUCUUGGAUGCUCAUCAUUUAGAAACAGAGUGGUGACUCAGCAGGUCUUACGGCAGUUGGCAAAUCUUAUUCAAGUUGUGGAGACACCAUUUCAAGGACGGGAUGACUUCCAAAUAACAUUGUUACGGAUUCUGGAAUCCAUACCUGAGGAGUCUCCAGUAAUCCUUGAAAAUCCUAACAUUUUUAUCCGUGGAAUUCUCCCUAGCCUUGCUGUUCUUUACGAGGGCAAUAGAGAUGGUAAUGCCAGAUUUUUGUGCCUCAAAAUUAUGUUUAAUGUGAUGGACAUCAUCUUGAAUGAAUCUUCAUUAAAAGACCAAAGGUCAGAGGAUCUGAAAUUGAUAUCUAACUCUCAUUUUCUUCCUCUCUACCCCACCUUGAUUGAAGAUGAAGAUCCCAUUCCCAUGUAUGCACAGAAGCUUUUAGUGAUGUUAAUCGAGUUUGAUUAUAUUAAAAUCUCUGACAUUUUAGAUCUCAAAAUGGUCUCAAAAUGUUUUGAAUUUUUGCUUGGCGAUCUGGCAAAUGCCAAUGUAAACAAUGUCAAGUUGUGUCUAGCUUUGGCUUCAGCUCCGGAAAUGGAUUCUAAGUUACUUUCACAGCUGAAAGUAGUUAGGAAGAUUGGAAAUCUCUUGGAGUUCGUAUAUGCUAAGGAUAUGGAAGAUUUUCUCGAACCAACUAUUGGUUUGUUUAGGGCUUUUCUUCUAUGCUCCAUAGGCAGUAGGAAAGGCUUCGUUUAUACCAAAGAACCCACACUUUUAGGCCCCAUUUCUUCCGAGCCAAGUGCUCAAAUUGAUCUGCAGCAAUGCAUACUAGACAUAACGGAUUUUGGGAGCAAUGUUGGAGUCUUACUGGAGUUGAGUGCUUCUCAUGAAGCAAGCAUUGCAGAUAUAGCCUCUGAAUGUAUCAUAUUGUUGCUCAAGACAGCUCCAAGGGAAGCCACAACUGGAUUCCUGACUAAUCUUCCAAAAGCAGGUUUAAUACUUGAGUCCUGGCGCAAGGGCACCUCUUACUUGAUCUUGCAGCGGAUAUUGCAUACUGUCGGUUAUUCCUGCAGGCAAUGCCUGUCACAUGCCAUGAUACUGUCAAUAUCGAAACCCGAAAUUACAUGGAUCGAACGUAUUGUUUCCGAUCUGAAAAGCUCAAAUAUACCCGGAUUAGCUGAUGUUGCAUCCCUUGUACUCUCAGAGUUGCAGCGGCUGCCACGUUGCAUUUGAACUUCCUGAGGCCAUUGUAAAUUAACUGAUUCCUCCAACGGACGCUAACAUAUUUAUGGCGUGGUGGACUAUGGCGGCUAAAAUGAUCCAUGUUUGAGGUGAGUUACAUAUUUAUUCGCUCCUUUUUCUUGGUCUGUAACUGUAUAAUCCAUGCAUACUUCCUAUCGUCUUUGACAUAUUCAAUUUUAAGUUGUUUUUUUCUCCUUGAGAAUUUACUUCAAAGAUAAUGCUCCACAUUUAUGCA